AUGGCCACCUACCUGGACCGGCAGGAGUCUGCAUCCUUGGCUCCCUUCACAUAUGAGUCCUUUCCUCUAGGAACUAUUACGCCCACCGGCUGGCUUGCGCAUGAGCUGAACACAUCUGGAGAGGGACUGGCAGGCCACUUGUUCGAGUUCUACCGCUUCGUCCAUGGAAGUACCUGGCUCGGCGGAACGCAUGAAUACACGCCUCUGAACGAAGCCGCGCCGUACUGGUACAAUUACAUUGUGCCUCUGGCGUAUACGGUGCAGGACGAGGGGCUGGCCUCGCGGUUGCAAAAGCAGGCCGAUCAUUUCAUCGGCUACGUUCUCGAGCACCAAGCGUCCGAUGGAUGGCUGGGACCGGAGCGCACGCGAGAGACACGAGGCAUCUGGGGUCGAUGCCUGCUGCUGCAGGGCAUGAUCAAUCAUGCACAAGCGCAGCCGCAUCGUCGAACUGAAAUAGUUCAAGCCAUGCUUCGUUUCUCCCGGCUCGUCCAUAGCAUGCUCAAAGACCAGCUGUCCGGUUACUUGCCUGGCCCUGGAGACGUCUACGACCUGCAAUGGUUUGGAGUGGCGCGAGCGCAUGAGCUGUCUCUCAAUCUACAAUGGUUGUAUGAGGAGCCAGAAGCGAGCAGUGACCGGCCGGCGAUCUGGGAGAUUAUGGAACUUUUAUGGCAAGGCGCACGCAAGGCCGGACGGGACUGGACUGUGUUUUUCUCGGAGGAGACGUUCCCUCAAAAACCCUCCGUCAGAGGUGAAGCACCAAACUUUCAGCACGGAGUGAAUGUGGCACAAGGCAUUCGCUAUCCAGCUCAGCUCUAUCGUAUGCACCAGUCUAAAGAGUUGAUCUCCAAAUGCCAUGAGGCGGUAUCUUUGUCCUUCAAGUUCCAUGGAACAGUGUUUGGCUCGUUGUCCAGCGACGAGUAUAUUGGAGGUCUAUCCUCUCAGCGCGGUGCGGAGCUAUGUACCGGUGUGGAACUCAUGUUCUCGCUGUCGUAUCUCCAUCGCCUAUUUGGCGACGGCGAGUUCGCAGACCGCGUAGAAAGGACUGCUUUCAAUGCCAUACCAGCAGCUGUCUCCGACGAUUGGUUCAGCCAUCAGUAUGUCACACAGACCAACCAGCCGUGGGCGCAGGAGUUUGAGGUUGGUGAAGGCGAGAAGACGCCGUUCUACGAUGUGUGCCGCUAUGCCAACGUGUUCGGCUUAGAACCUGAGUUUCCGUGCUGCACUGUCAACCAUCCAACGGCGUUUCCCAAGCUGGCCAUGAACAUCUUCCUCCCAGUCCCGCAAGAUGCUGCAGCAGGCUUGACCGCUGGUGUUUUGCAUGCCUACCUAAUGAGUGCCAGCAUCAAGACGGAAUACGGUUCUAUCACAUGCGACACAACAUAUCCUUUCGCACCCUUGGAGCUCAAGUACAGGAUUGAAGCCACCAAGUCAUUUGAUUUCUAUAUUAGAGUACCUAAUUGGGCUACAGACUCGUCGACCAUCCGCCAAGGAAGUUCUACAGGUUCCGCGAGGCCUUUUAUCCCCAACGUCGGACGGCAGAGUGUCCGGCUACACCGAGUCUCCAUUGAGGCUGAUACAACGACAGAGAUUGAAGUAAGCCUUGGUGCAGGGGUGAUCGUUGAGCGGCUAGCGGGCAAUACGGCAGCCAUCAGUCGAGGACCACUUCUCUAUGCUCUCGACAUUCCCAGCGAGCAGAAGGCCAUGCGCAUCCCACGUAACUACAAGGACCAGAAGGCCACCGUGGGAGAGGUCGACACGGCUGCUGGCAGCCCUUCUUGGAUGCAGAAAGUACGGGAUUCAGAUUUAGUACCUGCGGAAGGUGCGAAAUGGGCAUAUGUACUCAACCUGUCGAUCGCUCCUAGGUAUGGAAUGAUCUCGCCGUUGCAGUCCGAGCCGGUAGAGGGGCGGUCGUUCUGGUCUGCAGAGACCGUGAGAGAGUACAUCGAAGUAGCGGUAGAGGAGCUGGACUGGCCGGUCUCCAACGGGACUGCGGCAGACCCAGCUUUCAUCGAUGUUGCAGCCGCACGGACAGGAAUGAAGAGGCAAGUGAGGUUCAUCCCGUUUGGAUGUGCGAAGCUACAUAUGGCGCAGUUUCCAGUGUGUCCUUAA